AUGAUGGCUUUCGAGACGUCUCAAAGGCAAACAAUGAUGACAAUGGCGGCGUUUGACGACGCCGUAGCAGCAGCUUUCUCGAGGUCAUCGUUCCAGCAAGAUUUCUAUGGCGGCGCCGCCGGCGCAGGCGGGGGUGCUUUGCGACUUGAGUCGCGAUCUGCUGCGGCGGCUGCUGCUGCUCCUGGCGUGACCCCGCUGAGCGGCGAAAAAGAAGAUCUUGGUGACAUUUCGCAGUGGUUACAGGCGGUCAUGAUGGGAGAGUCGCACGGAGUCCCAGGGGGGGUCGCAGGGGGGUUCACUCCAGGGGGGGUUGCAGCUGGUGCUACAGCCGGUGCUACAGCCGGUGCUACAGCCGGUGCUACAGCCAGCGCUGCAGCAGGUGCGGCAGCGGGUGCUACAGCCGAUGCUGGUGCCGGCAGUGGAGGGCGGCACAGGCAAGGGCAGCAGGCAAACAUCAAGCCUAGGUCGAUGCGAGAGCGGCGCAGGAGAGAAAGAAUAAGUGAGUCGCUGAAGCGGUUAAGGAUGACUGUGCCUCUUGACCUGCUGGGCCCGCACCGAGACCUGGGAUCCAUGAUCGAAGGAGCCGUCAACUACAUUCAAUUCAUGCAGUUGCGACUGUCGGAGCUGCAGCGGAGAGUGCUGGAGGGGGAAAUCAGAGCACGGCUUAACAGGUAG